CAGGCAUUGCAGCAGUCACAUUUAUUCUAUUGCCUUGCCUGUUUUACCCGAGUCCGCGGAGUGCCCAGGCUGGUUUAGUUGCAGACCAUCGCUCACCCUCUCACCAUCUCCCUGUGCACUACCCCUGCUUGACUCUCUACUGUGCAUUUAUUCCACAUCACAAACAUCAUGGCAUGGGCGAAGAGGCAGGACCAUGAGGCAACAGGUGGGUCGAUGCUGCCCCCUCGCCCUAGCCCUCAGUCUCGCCGUUGCCGUGCCACUUUCUACUGCAACAAAACAUCGCGACCCCAGUGAGCAUCGUCACUCGUUCCCUGUUUUGCGAUACUGCUGCACCCACCCAUGUCAGUGUGGCCGUGCCCGAAAGCAGCGUCCUCAGGUGUUGCUGGCAGGAAGCGCGGCUCUCAAUAUAACGAGCCGUGCGCUCGCGGACUUGCAGGAGAGUCAGCGUAUGGCACCCACUUCCCACGUCGAAUCAAGCCUUGUGCCGCUUUUAACACAAGAUGAUUGCACUCAAAAGCAAACAAUAUGGUUUCACGGCCCCGCCUAUGCAUGGCCUGCACUUCACAUCUGGUGUCAGCGUCUGACACUUGACUGCACAAGAAUGGUAGAAAAUGCAUGAAUCGGGUUGAAUUUAUCCAUCUGUGGGCAGCUGCACACUCGUCUGAACUACAAUAAAGACAUCGGUGAUCCGUCUCGCCCGAGCAUGCACCAGUUGACGUGCAAUGAGCGGGGCCUGUAUGCAUUUCGCCUGCAAGACACA